AUGGUGCGUCGCGUGGCCCUAACGACGGCCACUUUCUGCGCUCACGGUGGGAGCCCAGUUGUCGUGGGUUGGUCUGCGGGCCAGCCGCCUUGCUGGCGUGUGGGUGUUUGGUGGGCCCCUUCCGGGGUGCGAAGGUGCAUCCGCCGGGCCGAACUGCGGUCGCCCUGUUUUGCUCUUUCCCGCUGCGGGGGGCCGACGCCAGGCGGAUACUCCUCGCGUUUGUUGCCCCGCCCGCGUGAGGGAAUUCCGCCCAUUGCGGUGCUCAUUUUUGUGCCUGUGCCCCCCUCUUGCCUCCUGAAGCUGGUGCGCCAACCUGCAAGCCGGCGGCGCCCAGGCCCGGGGGAGGGGGGAAGGGGGGGCAUCUAA